CGCUGGGCGUUCCAAUUUCUCCCAUUCAUUUCACUAGAAGUGGCCCGUCUCUGCUAAAUAAUCUCUGCUGUUGAGUUAUUAUUGGAUUGAUUGACACAGGCGUAAACCAAGUUUAUUGUAGUGACGUCUCGAAACCUAUAGUUCCGUAUGUGCCACUGUUAAAACCGAACAUUUAGAGCUCUUUGGUUCAAAUAAGAAGGCGAAGGAAACAAAACUGAAACUGAAAGGUGAAGAAGGCGAUAGAAAUACUCGCGGACAAGCUCUGAAACGUAGUUCUCUCGACAGACCAAGGCGGCGCAGCAGAUCUAGUUUAGUCUAGUUUACAUGCUUGAACUGCAUUUAAGUCAUUGAAAUCAUGUCUGUUAGUGCCGAUAAUGAAAUGAAGAAAAUAUGUGAUUUCUUGAGGCAAAACGGCGAAAGCAGCGCUUUGAAAAUCGCUAAAGGCGUCGGACUCCUCAAACCCACCGUAAACAAACAUUUAUACAGUUUGCUGGAGUUGAAAUUGUUGAACAAAUCUGACGGAAAGCCUCCUGUCUGGUCUCUAAACGAGGCGACGGUUACUGACAUUACACCAGCACUGAAAUCUGAGGCUACAGCUGAUGAUAAAACCGUGAUAGAGCUGUUGAGAUCCAGAGGAACAGAAGGGUUGACACCCCUUAAAAUCGCUAAAGAAGUCGGACUCUACAAUUCCACCUUAAACAAACAUUUAUACAGCUUGGACAGAUCUGACGGAAAGCCUCCUGUCUGGUCCCUAAACGAGGCGACGGUUACUGACAUUAAACCAGCACUGAAAUCUGAGGCCACAGUUGAAGAUAAACCCGUGAUUGAACUGUUGAGAUCCAGAGGAACAGAAGGGUUGGCAACCCUUAAAAUCGCUAAAGAACUGGGACUAACACCAAAAACUACAAAGAAACAGCUGUACAGUUUGCUUGAGAAGGGCGAAGUACACAAAUCUGAUAACAAAAUAUGGACUUUGUGUGAUGAGAAUAGAAAUGGAAAUCUACAGAAAGAGAUUAAAUCGUGUGCACAAGACUUUAGACUGGCCUCAAAUUCAGGGUUAUCUCAAAAUUUUGAAGAGAUCUCAACGCUUGGUGAAGGAGGCUAUGGCCAUGUUUACAAAGUGAAGCAUAAAUAUGAUGGCAAGAUCUAUGCUGUGAAGAUAGUCGACUUUACUGGGAAAGCUGAUUCUGAGGUGAAGGUAUUGGCUCGACUUGAUCAUCCAAACAUUGUGCGUUAUAUGACAUGCUGGACAAGUUCUGACAACUGGACGCCAAACAAGGACAUGUCUAUGGCAUCAUCUUCCUCAGAUGGAGUGACCUUUGAGAGGCCCAGUCGUGAACAGAGUGAUGAUGUCACAUCACGAAUGGAGAGUCUGGAUCUGACAGCAGAAUCAACAUUCACUACUGAACCAUCGGGAAGCCACAGUACACACAGAUUGGGUCCUUUAAAUCAAAGAAUGUAUUUGUAUAUUCAAAUGGAGUUCUGUGAGGGAGGAAAGCUGACUGAAUGGAUACAGAAGAGGAAUCUUACGGAAAAACAGAGAACGCUGGAAAUCUUUUCUGAAAUAGUUACUGGAGUGGAAUACAUCCAUUCGAACAAUCUUAUCCACAGAGACUUGAAGCCUGAUAAUAUAUUGUUUGGCGCUGAUGGCAAAGUCAAGAUCGGAGACUUUGGGCUUGCAGCUGCUCUGACGAAUCACAAUGGGGUUGAUAUAGAGAGAUCGAAAAGAAAAGGAACACCACAAUAUAUGAGUCCAGAACAGGAAAAUCAGCGGAAAUAUGAUGCAAAAACAGACAUAUUUCCCCUUGGACUCAUCUGGUUUGAGAUGAUCUGGAAAUUGUCUACUGGCAUGGAGAGAGCAAUGCUCUGGCCAGAUCUGAGAAAUCAAAGGUUUCCUGAGGGAUUCUGUGAGGAAUAUCCGACUGAAAAUAAAUUCAUUUUCAAGAUGUUGUCACCCACACCAGAGGACAGGCCACAUGCAAAAGAAAUAAAAGAAAAUCUGGUCACAUUUUUCUCUCUUGAUCAGAAUUGGAUAACCCAGAGAACGAUUUGAGUCUCUCUGUCUGUCUCUCUCUCUGUCUGUCUCGCUCUCUCGCCCUCUCUCUCUCUCUGUCUGUCUGUCUGUCUCUCUCUGUCUGUCUGUGUCUCUCUCUCUCUCUCUGUCUGUGUCUCUCUCUCUCUCUCUCUCUCUCUCUCUCUCUCAAUUUUUAAAUUUUAAAGUACUUUAUUGGCAUGAUUGUGUUUACAUACAAUAUUGCCAAAGCGUUAAUAGACAAAACAGAUAAUGACAAGACAAAUAACAAUAAAACUAGAAUUAAAAUAAGGUGUCAAUGUGUCUCACUCUCUUUAUUGAAAUAUACACACCAGUUUCUAAGGGUCUUAAUGUUUGAUACUUUUAUACUUUUUAACAUUAUGACAUUUUGUCAGUCAGCAGCUUUUGCUAUACUUUGAUUUGAUUGAUCUAUUUAAUGAUCUUUGAUUAACUCACAUGGUUGUAAAUAUAUAAUGACAAUUUAAAGGAAGUGUCUUUUACUUGAAGUCCGAUGAUGUCUCUGAUGUCUGAAAACAGAAGUUAUAAUCGAUGUAUUUUUUUACAGAUUAUUAUAUCAGAAAGUCCUCUUGGAUUUUAAAAUGUUUCAGUUCAAAUUUGUGGAAAAUAUCUUGUAAUGACGUCUUGUGGUUAUAUUAUGAAAAGAUUAAGAGGAAAGUAUCUUCACAUUGUUUCCAUAAUGUUUAGUUUUAUAAAAUAAAAAGGUAUUUUUAAAAACGAUUGUGUGGCAUGUUAAGCCAAUCGGCUCGCAUGGUGGAAGCUGAUUGGUCCUUUGACAUGUAAUCAAGUAGCCUUAACUCCUUAAUAAUGUUUUUCAUUUCUUUACAUUUUUGGGACAUGAUGUGAUGGGAUGUGCUUGUGCACGCACGUGUGUGUUUUAUUGUAUGUAGACACUGUGUUAUUUUAUCAUAUAAUGACCUGCCUGGGGACUGUGGAUGAAAAUUGUCUUUGGCUAAAUCCCGAACAAUGGAUGAAAUGGAAACGUUUAUGUUAAAAAUUGUACAUGCUCCCUUUUCAAAUAAAGAACUAAAGA